UGGGAAGAUAAGGCAUCCAUGGACAUCAACUUAAAGCCUCCUCCUUAUCAAAGAAAAACUGGAAGACCAGCAAAGAAGAGGAAGAGGAGCUAUGAUGAACCUGAAACUGUGGUGAAGAAAAGGAAAUGUGGAAAGUGUGGAUCUACUGCUGGUCAUAAUAAGAGAACCUGUGCUGGUGGUGAUGUUGGUAAAAACCCAACUGGAUUCAUGCCAAGCACCGAGUAUGAUGCUGCAAACUGCACCUUCACUAGUAGAGAUCAUCCUGAAAGUAGCAGUGCAAGGGGUAAAGCAAAGGUGAACAAAUCCAGAGGUACAUCUUCAUUUGUUGGUGAGUCAACAGGACCUAAAAACUUUGGAAGAGCACCAGCAGAACCUAGCACCCAUGGAUCUACACAAGAUGUUCUGAAUUUCAGUCAGAACUUUACUGGUAUUGGAUCUGUUAGUCAACAUAUUCCUGUCACAAAGGGAAAGAAAAGCAAGGCUAAGAAGAAGUAG